UCUUUCCUCCUUCCCGCUUAAAUUCUUCGUUUAAGAGGGCAAGUGUAACAUUUCUGCAGGAACACAUUCCUGUAUCAGCCCGACCUUUCAUAUCCGGUGGUUUUUUCAUCCGUGCUCCGACUAUCGCUGGGCACCCGAAAACCUCCAGCAACACAGUGCCUGACCACCCCCUUCGGGUUCUAGCCACGCGCAUUUCUCUCCCUACUUACGUCUAGCCGCUGCUAUGAAGUACGUUGUUGUAUCCGGCGGAGUCAUCUCCGGAAUCGGAAAGGGCGUCUUGGCGUCGUCCACCGGCUUGUUGUUCAAGACCUUGGGCUACCGCGUGACGUCCAUCAAAAUCGACCCCUACAUGAACAUUGACGCCGGCACCAUGUCGCCCUUGGAGCACGGCGAGUGCUUUGUGUUGAACGACGGCGGCGAGGUCGACUUGGACUUGGGGAACUACGAGCGGUACCUCAACAUCACCUUGACCAAGGACCACAACAUCACCACGGGCAAGAUCUACUCGCACGUGAUCGAGAAGGAGCGCAAGGGCGACUACUUGGGCAAGACCGUGCAGGUGGUGCCUCACAUCACCGGGGCCAUCCAGCUGUGGAUCGAACGCGUGGCGCGUGUGCCCGUGGACGAGUCUGGCUUGGAGCCCGAGGUGUGCAUCAUCGAGUUGGGCGGCACUGUCGGCGACAUCGAGAGCGCGCCCUUUGUGGAGGCGUUGCGGCAGUUCCAGUUCCGCGUGGGCCCGGAGAACUUCGCGUUGAUCCACGUGUCGCUCGUGUUGGUGAUCCACGGCGAGCAGAAAACCAAGCCCACGCAGGCCGCCAUCAAGGACUUGCGGUCGUUGGGCUUGACGCCGGACAUGAUUGCGUGCCGGUGCUCCGAGGAGUUGGAGGUGGCCACGGUGCACAAGAUCGGCAUGUUCUGCCACGUGGGCCCGGAGCAGGUGGUGGCCAUCCGCGACGUCAACUCCACGUACCACGUGCCGUUGUUGUUGCAGGAGCAGAAGAUGAUCCAGUUCUUGUCGCGCAAGUUGCGGUUGGAGCCCGCGUCGUUGGCGCCCGCGGCCAGGGCGCGCGGCGAGAGGUUGAUGGCGUCGUGGAGAACCAUCACGUCGGCCCACGACAAGUCCAUCGAGACCGUGACCAUCGCGCUCGUGGGCAAGUACACCAACUUGAAGGACUCGUACUUGUCCGUGAUCAAGGCCUUGGAGCACUCGGCCAUGCGGUGCUACCGCCGCUUGAAGAUCGAGUGGGUGGAGUCCUCGGACUUGGAGGAGGCCACCAAGGACAGCGACUUGGCCAAGUACCACAAGGCGUGGCACUUGGUGUGCCAGGCCGACGGCAUCUUGGUGCCCGGCGGCUUCGGCUCGCGCGGAAUCGAGGGCAUGGUGGCCGCGGCCCACUACGCCCGCGAGAACAACACGCCGUACUUGGGUGUGUGCUUGGGCAUGCAGGUGGCCGUGAUCGACGUUGUGCGGUCCAAGUUGGGCUUCGAGCACUCGACGUCCAUGGAGUUCGACCCGGACGGCGACGAGGCCACGGCCGCGGUGGUGUACAUGCCAGACGUGGACCAGGUCAACUUGGGCGGCACCAUGAGAUUGGGGAUCCACACCACCAAGUUCUCGCCCGACUCGGAGUGGUCCAAGUUGAGGAAGUGCUACGGCGGCGCGGCCAGCGUGAUGGAGAGACACCGGCACCGAUACGAGGUCAACCCCAAGCUCAUUGGCCAGAUCGAGGCGCACGGCUUGAGGUUCAUUGGCAAGGACGAGUCCGAGGCGCGCAUGGAGAUUGUGGAGCUCAAGGACCACAAGUUCUUUGCCGGCACCCAGUACCACCCCGAGUACUGCUCCAAGGUCUUGGACCCCUCCCGGCCGUUUUUGGGCUUGGUGGCGGCCGCGGCCGGCAUCUUGGACGACGUCUUGGCCAGGGCCGACAUCCACGAGAAGGGCGAGUUCUAGGACUGGUGCCCUGUAGAGAUAUUUUUGUACAGCGAUCCUCGACACUAUAUAGCCAAUUGCAUAAUUCCUGGAGCCGUGUUCGGGAGCUGUAUUCCCAGGUGCACAUUCGCCGGCGCCGCGUGGGGCCGAGGGUGCUGUUGCGCCGGAGUGCUGGGCGCAUGUUUGGAUCGGGCCUUUGCGUGGUGGUCUCUUCUGACAUUGCGUGCUGGUCUCUCCUGACAUUGCGUGCUGGUCUUUCCUUUGACAUAGCGAUGACAUUGCUCCCAAAUCUCUCCUAUGACAUUGCUCCCAAAUCUCUCCUAUGACAUUGCUCACAGGUUACUCUGAGGGCCCACCACUUCCCCGCUCACGCAGCUGGGGCGACCGUCCAUAUAUGCUGGUCAAUGGCGACAACGGCCUUUCCUGCUGGCAGGCGUCAGUCAGGCCAGGCCACGUGGAG